AUGCAUCAAUCGAUUUGUUCUCAAAUGCUGUGUCUGAAAUGGUUCAAAUCACUACCGGAAGAAGUCUCCACGAUAGAAAACGAAGUAUCAAUAAUGGAUAUGCCAGAUUUAGUGAUGAGGGAGAUUAUGGGCAAUGUCGGCUGUAUAACCAUUAUGAAACUCCGAAAAGUGUGUCACGCAAUCCGAAACUUUAUCGACGAUUCAAAACUGAAUUAUGGGUUGACUCGAGUGGUUUUUUUUGUUAGUUCUUCUUUAAUCCGUAUGAUGAUUUAUCGGUCCUCUGCCGAUCCCAUCAUAUUAAAUUAUGCUAAAUACGCGACGAGCAGUUUGGUGAAUAUAACUGGAUCGGAUAGAGUAACAUUUCUAAAAGAGGAAGAUUUUUUGGAUGUGUUUUCAAGAGAUCUCAGAGCAAUCUUGAGAAACCAACGACUGUCUUCGAUGAAAUUGAAAAUUAAGGAAUCCGGCUUCGAAACUGCUGGUGCACUGUUUUACAAUGAGUUUUUGAACAGAAACUUUACAACUAUCAGUAAUAAAGAUAAUGGAUGGUGGUGUUGUCGUCAGAAUAGAUUCAAAUCUCGAUGGGAAUUUGUGGAUCAUUUGCGUGAUGUCAACGGGGAACCUUUGUUGAAAUCAUUUGUCGACCAGUUCUAUGAUUGUUUGAAAACUGUUCUGAAUUCAAGAGGCAACCUCAUUCGAAUAGAAGAAUUGGAUAUUGAAGUUAUGGAGUCCUACCAUUUAAUGAACAUCGCUCGUUUCAUUGAUAUGAAGCACAUGAAAUGCUUAGAUAUAUCUCGUGUAUAUCGUUACGAGGAGCAAUUUCACGAUGAAAUCGUAGAAUUGGAUGGCUGUGAGUGUAUUCAACAAUUGGCAAUUAGAAAUUUCAAAGUCACUAUACCGCUUGAAAGAUUUCUACACAAAUCACAAUUGCACAUUCGGAUUCCAACAAUUUCCAUGGAAGAUGUCCUACUCUUAAAGAUGGUAAGGAAUAAAACGUGA